CGUUCUGCUACACAAGAUUCAGCCUUGGUGCCGUCGAACUUGCUCUCAGCUGCGAGCAUACUGAACGCAAACAAACGAUUUGUGCACCCAAUGUUGCCUACUCGUUGGCAAUAGCACUUGAAAUUGCCUCCAUCAGACCGGAUGAAUUCGACGUUUUCUUUCGGCUCGCCGUCCGGCGCUCACAGUCGAAUGAGUACCAGCUCUUCCCCUCAGCCCUCCAUGUCCUCUGCCAGCGACUCUCCUCUAACCACACCCAACUUCGACUCGAACAUAUUCGCGACCUCCGAUUCGCAAUCAGACGGCCGGCGGGACUCGCGCACAAGCCCGGAUGAUAUCAUUCCGAAGAUCGAGGAAGCAGAACUCGACUUAGCAGAUGUCAAGGAAGAGACAGAUGAGACUCCCAUCUCCCCGACGGAGCCUGUACGCAUACGACGAGCUCGUGGCCGACCCCGGAUUCACCCGCCCCGCUCGCCCACAACUCUGUCCAAACAAGCAAAAGCACGGUCGAAGACAGGUUGCACGACAUGUCGAAAACGAAAGAAGAAGUGCGACGAGACUAAACCUUUCUGUUUGUCGUGUCAGAAAAACAACAUUCACUGUGAGGGCUACAAGCCUCUAGAGAUCUGGAGAAGCGGAAAGGAAAGGGCAGCAGACGCCCGCAAACGGAGCGAAGACAUCAGAUUCGACCUUCCGCCCCUGAUGGAAGGUGUCGAAAGCGACCUUGACCGUUCUCUCUUGCAACAUUUCGCCAAUCGGGCAAGCUCUGUUCUUACCUUACAUGGUGACAAAGCAUCCAAUCCCUUCACCAAGAUACUGUUGCCUAUGGCGCUGCAGCAUGAAGGUUUGAUGCAUUCGGUGCUCUGCCUGUCCGCCUCACACAUGUAUUCGAUCAACCCAUCACAAGAGUACGAGGACCGACAAGCGUACCAUCGUGGCAAGGCUCUGCAGCUGCUGAAAAACGACCUCGAGCGCCAAAAGGCCGGCGAAGGUGGAGUGAUGGUUUUUGAGGAUUCUAACGUUGCCCAAAUCCUGCUGCAUCUUCUUCACUCUAUCUGUGACGGAAACACUUCUGGCGAAUACAGGAUGCACAUGGUGGCCGCGAAGCAGAUUGCGAUGAGUCAAAAAUCGGCCAACCCAGAGUUCCAGUCACUCUUCGAUGAGUUCUUCUACUAUCAUUGGAUUGCCAGUCAGAUAACCUCCAUGGAUGGCGCUGAUGUACCUAUUAUGGACGAUUUCAACCUACCUUUCAAGAUCAACCCCGAGACUGCCGGUCUUAUCGGCGUAUCUGAUGGGUUAUUCGGUUUCAUUUCCAAGAUCAGCAACCUGCGGCGACGCUUGCGGUCUCGUAUUGACGAGAAAAUCGAGCCAACGAUGGACUAUGAAGGACUGCUUGCUGCACACGCCAUCGACACGGGUCUGCGCGGCUGGGUGUGCCCACAGGCACCGGGCACCCCUCGCUACACCAUCUCGAUGCUGUAUCGUCAAGCUACGUGGGUCUAUCUCUAUCGCACGACGAAAGACUCCCACCCCCACCCAUACAUCAAAGACGCUGUAGACAACGGCAUACGGUACAUCAAUGAGCUGCCUGCAGAGGGCUGGAUUCAGAGCAACGUUCUCCUGCCGCUGUUUCUCAUUGGCUGCGCAGCUUUCGAGGAAGAGCAGCGCAUUGAGGUCAACCGAGCAUUCGCAGGCCUGAUCGCCUGUACAGGUCUGGGAAACAUAGGCUUUGCCAAGGAAGUUGUUGACGACAUCUGGAAGCUCAUGGACUCUGGAGACCCAGAGUCAUGGGACUGGGAAAGGAUCAUCCAUCAAAAAGGAUGGGAUUUUCUUGCUACAUAAAACGGACUUACGCCUCAUUUCGGUUUUCUUAAUUUCGCUUCUUUAUGGCUGCAUUAUCACGGUUAUUUUCACGGAGCAAAAGGAGUAACAACCGCGGCGGAUGUUUGUCUCCCCGGAAUACUAUUCUGGGACGAAGGUUCGCAUCCUUCAAGGCACGAAUGCGCCACGGUUGGCAUGUACU